AUGCCCGCCAACAUCAGAGAGCCGGAUAUGAUCCUCCGGUGUCGAGCUGUCUCCGGGCUUGCUCCAGACGGCGACCAUGCCGUCCGAGCUCGCAUUAGAAGAGGCUACCGAUAUCUCACCGAUCCAGACGCCCCCGCCAAACGUCUCCUCCACGCCCCCGAACAUAUAGUCCUUGCCAUCGCGAACAUAGGCUAUGAAACGUCCGUCGCUUACGGGCGACAUAUCGCCCUCUCGGUAGGCCCUGCACUUCAACCGCGGCCCGAUAUCUCAGAUCCGCACCGGGGUUCAGGAACAGGGCAAAUCACAGUGAAACUAUCAUGGCGCGAAGUACGAACCUAUCUGGCCCCAAGCACGCCAAUUGCGCUUGCAAAGGAAUGCGAAACGUCCACCCCCGACGCAGAAACAGGCGAGCCCAUCCUCCGCGUCUCAAGCCCCGAAGAACUGUCCACCAUUGAAGGAUGCACGACACUUACCGGUCACAUCGUGAUCAACUCCGAUUACAGCGGCGACUUUAUCCUCAACGGCGUGACCUCGAUCAGUGGGAAUAUCACCACGAGUGCGCCAGCCGACAAGUUCGGUGUGGUUGAGUUACCUGACCUUGUCGACGUCGGCAAUAUCUGGCUUGUUGGUCUUACCAAUGACGUUCAUCUGCCGAAAGUCGAGCGCGCGGGUAGUAUCAACCUCGUCCAGGCGUCAACGAGUGCCGAGGUGGAUCUCGGGGCGCUCACGGAGUCGGAUAAUGUGAGGGCUUGGGGGAGCUGGACGAGAAUAAACCUGUCCUCCCUGGAAACAGUCACCGACGAACUCUCCAUCUGCGGCUCGCAAAACUGUGGCAUUUAUUACGACGAGGAGUUCCCCUACCUAGACGUGGACCUGCCUUCACUGAAGAGCGCAAAUAGAUUCAACAUUGCGGGGACGAUCAAAACCGCCUCCGUCCCCUCCCUCGAAAUCGUCGGCACCAAGGACCUCGACCCCUGGGCCAACAGGAAAUCCGUGAUGAGCCAGAGCCUCCGGAUUAAUAUCCAAAGCGGCGAGUUUACGCUCGACUUCGAUGCACCGAACCUGCGUACGAUCAACGGCCUGCUCGAAGUCUACGGCGGCAUCUCACGCUUGAGCCUUGGUGCCCUCGGCGAAACAAACGCAGGCGCAACGUUCAUUGCCCGUGCGCCACUGGAGAUAUAUUCGACGAUCAAGACGGCGGAGUACUUUUAUAUCUGGGGCGAACUUGGCAGUAUCGACCUUCCUAACUUCACAGACCUGGGCGCCGUCGAUCUCUCCUACGAACCCAAAAUCCCGUGUAACGAGACGCUGUACAAGCUCUGGGAGGAAAUGCAUAUUUCAGGGGGAUCAGAGUCCUCCUUUCCGACAAGAUGCGUUCGACCAGCCGAUUCGCCAGAGGACGACGAAGGGAAUGAAGGAUCUGAAUCUGAAGAAAAUAACAAUAGCCUGAACGACGAAGAUAACACAGCCAAUGCAGACAAUGACGGCGACGGAGUGGGUGACGAGAACUCCAAUCUCUCCACGCCGGGCGAAAGUACAAACAAUGAGAACGCCGGCAACGAAACUAACAUCCCCGGCAGCUUUGGAAACACUUCUAACAUGACUGACAGCGCCAACGAGACCGAGAGUGCACAGACAGAUACAACCGAGGGCAAUGCAGCUCAUCUGACGCACCCGCUGUGUUCUGUCGCAUGGACGGUGCUCAUCAUGUUGAGUGCCAUUCUAACCCUAUGA